CCAAUCAGUUGUUUGCCAACCGCCAAUAAUACGUAAAAGAAGAAGAAGAAGAAAAGGGACUGUACGGUGGGGUUCAGAGAUAUAACUCAAGGUUAAAGGGCAAGCUUCCGGCCAUGAGAAUUUUAAUAGGAGGGGGAUCUGGCUUCGUUGGCCGUGAGCUUACCCGCCUACUUAGGGACAAAGGUCAUGAGGUGACACUGAUAUCACGCCAGCCUGGUCCAGGGAAGAUAACAUGGGGUGAGCUGGAGUCUCAGGGUCUCCCACCGUGUGAGGGUGCCGUCAACUUGGCUGGAGAGAAUCUCAUAAACCCACUGCGAUGGUGGAAUGAAAGCUACAAAAAAGACUUGUUCUCCAGUCGCGUUGACACAACUAAAGCUCUUUCUCAAGCCAUCGCUGCUUCCUCCAGUCCUCCUCACUCUUGGGUGCUGGUGUCAGGUGUAGCUUGCUAUAAACCCAGUCUAACAGCUCAAUACACAGAAGACAGUGAAUGGACUCCGUUUGACCUUCUCUCAAGACUUGUCAAAGAGUGGGAAGCAGCAGCACUACUUCCUGAAAAUGUGGCAAAAACCACCAAACAAGUCAUCAUCCGGCCUGGGGCAGUGCUGGGUCGUGAUGGUGGGGCCAUGAAGCAGAUGCUGCUGCCGUUCUGGCUCGGCCUCGGGGGUACCCUGGGAUCUGGAAGACAACCAUUUCCCUGGAUCCACGUUUCAGACCUGGCAGGAAUCAUUGUCCGCGCACUGGAGCCCCCUGCUGACACUCCACCCUCCUCAUCACCACAAGUGUUCAACGGAGUCGCUCCGGCUCUCAACACCAACUAUGAAUUCACUAAAGAAUUGGGUCGGGUCUUGAGGCGGCCCACCAUCUUUCCUGUACCUGGCUUUGUCAUGAACGCCCUGCUGGGUUCGGAGAGGGCCGUGAUCCUUACUCAAGGUCAGAAAGUCAUACCUAAGAGGACUUUGGAGUCUGGAUUUCAGUACAACUACCCUGACUUGACCUCAGCUUUGAAGGAGAUUGUUAAUUAACAAGAGAGUACGGCGGUUCAUUUUUACUGUAAUACAAGAAUAAACAAAUGAGCCUAAACGAGUCAUUGAAAAUGAAUCCCAGGAUCAUGACUCAGUAAAAGACUGUUGUAAAUUACUUAUUCAUCAGAUCUGUGUACUGAUGAACUGUUGUUUCUCAUAUUGCUAAAGAGCAGUUAUGGGAUCAUGUUUGAAAAACUGUUUUAAAUAAAAUGUCAUGCUUUGCUUUAAAGCGUUUCUCCGCAUUCGGGACAAUAACAAGCGGCUUUAAGCCUUUGCUUACAUUUAGAAAGCACUGGGACAUGAUUGUUGAUACGGAAGUGUUUCUGUAAAAUAAAUCUGACAGAGUUGAGUCUUGAUAA